AUCGAGCUGCCGCUGCUACGAACAGAGCGAGGAGCUGGUGGCUAACAGAGCAGCCGAACUUGUCGUUUACUGACAUGAUGGCUUGUUUAGUUUUCACGGACUAACAUCACCAGAAGUUUCCAUGAUGCUGCAGCUCCCCUUUGUGGUGACGGCUCAGGUGGACCUGGUCCUGCUGCUGGUUUCCCUGCUGGCCCUCUGGACUAGACUGAACCACCUUAGCUAUCCCAACGCUGUGGUGUUUGAUGAGGUGUAUUAUGGCCAGUUUGUGUCUCUCUACAUGAAAAGAGUCUUCUUUGUUGACGACAGUGGACCGCCGCUUGGCCACAUGAUCCUGGCCCUUGGAGCCUACAUGGGAGGUUUUGAUGGGAACUUUGUGUGGAACAGAAUAGGAGCAGAGUAUCCCAGCACUGUGAGUGUUUGGACUCUGCGGUUGCUGCCCGCUCUGUGUGGAGCUCUCAGUGUUCCUCUGGUUUACCUGUUGACUCUAGAGCUGAAGUUCUCCCACCUGUCAGCUCUUGGAGCUGCACUGCUGCUGCUGCUGGAGAAUGCUCUUAUCGUCCAAUCCCGCUUCAUGUUACUGGAGUCUGUCCUGAUCUUUUUUGUGUUGUUGGCCUUCCUCUCCUACUUCAGAUUCCACAACACGCCCAACAGCUGGUUCAGAUACUGUUGGCUGCUUCUCUCUGGUGCUUCUUGUGGUGCAGCUGUGGGAGUGAAGUACAUGGGAGUCUUCUCCUAUCUGCUGCUGCUGGGUGUAGCCUCUGUGCAUACCUGGAACCUGAUUGGAAACAGAACUGUCAGUCAUAUAAGUGUCUGUGUGCAGUGUGUGUGUCGAGUUGUCUGUCUUUUGGUGGUCCCGGUCCUUCUCUAUGUGUUUUGGUUCUACAUCCACCUGGGUCUCCUUCAUCGCAGUGGACCUCAUGACCAACUUAUGAGCUCCGCUUUUCAGGCUAGUCUGGAGGGGGGUCUCUCUAGGAUUACUCAGGGCCAGCCUCUGGAGGUUGCUUAUGGCAGCCAGGUAACUUUAAGAAGCUCUGCGUCCCAGCCAAUCCCUUGUUGGCUUCAUUCUCACAAAGCCAACUUCCCAAUCAGGUAUGAAAAUGGGCGGGGCAGCUCACACCAGCAGCAGGUCACCUGUUAUCCUUUUAAAGACGUCAACAACUGGUGGAUCAUCAAAGAUCCUGGCAGACAGGAGCUGGUGGUCAGCAGUCCUCCUCGACCUGUCCGUCAUGGUGAUGUCAUCCAGCUGGUUCAUGGGAUGACCUCACGCUUCCUCAACAGUCAUGAUGUAGCAGCACCCAUGAGCCCUCACGCACAAGAAGUGUCAGGUUAUAUUGACUUCAAUGUUUCUAUGGCGGCACAAAACCUUUGGCGAGUGGAUAUCUCCAACAGGGGAUCAGAGUCAGACUCGUGGAAGACAAUACUGUCUGAGGUGCGACUGGUCCACGUCAACACCACAGCUGUUCUUCGGCUGAGUGGUGUGUCUCUUCCAGACUGGGGUUUCCGUCAGUUGGAAGUUGUUGCAGAAAAGUUGUUUAAAGCUCAAAGCAGCAGUUUAGACUGGACAGUGGAGGAGCACCGCUACGGAACCAGUCAGGAGCAAAAGGAGAGAGAGGCGGAGCUUCAUUCCCCAACCCAUAUAGACGUAGACAGAAAAAUUUCCUUUUGGGCAAAGUUUUUAGAACUUCAGUGGAAGAUGCUGAUGGUGAAACAGGAAGACUCUGAGCAUAAGUACAGCUCCUCCCCUCUGGAGUGGGUCACCAUGGAAACAAACAUUGCAUACUGGCUGCACUCCUCAAACAAUGCUCAGAUCCAUCUAAUAGGUAACCCGGUGUCAUGGGGUGUGGCCAACCUGAGUCUAUUGGCCUAUCAGAUACUGGCAGCUGUUUACCUGUUGAGGAGAAGAAGGGGCUUCACAGACCUCCCGGAUGGUGUGUGGUGUCAGUUUGUGGGCUUGGGGUGUGUAUGUGUUGGUGGUUGGUUGGUGAACUUUGUCCCGUUUCUACUGAUGGAGAAAACUCUCUUCCUGUACCACUACCUUCCGGCCCUAUGCUACCUGUACCUGCUGAGCCCUGCCUUGCUGGAGCACACACACACUUACCUGCUCAGCAGUGCAACACACCAACGGGCGCUGUACGCAUGUGUGUCAGCUGUGCUGGUUUCAAUAUUCCUGUCAUAUCAGACCUUCUGCCCUUUGACCUACGGCAGCCCUGAGCUGUCAGCCAGUCAAUUACAGAAGCUGAAGUGGAAAGACUCAUGGGACAUCCUGUACCGCCGUCGGUAGAGAGACACCUACACAGGCAGACAGGUCCUCUGGAUGGGGAUGUUUUUGUUUCAGGAUUGAACCUCAGCAGACACCUGGAUGAACUUUAACAUGUCCAUGAGGCUGACUGUAAGGUCAAAUUGGAGGAGCUGACCUCAGAGUACAGCUGUUUUCAUGGACCAGCCUCAUGCCUUCAGCAGAUCUUCAGUCUUUUAAAACUGAGAAACUGUUUAUAAUGCUGUCAGGCAGGACACUUAUAUCCUGUGAUGUAUGGCUUCCGGAUCAGCUCAGAAGAAAAAAGCUGCAAAUGAAAGUUAUUGUUUUUGGAAAAGUUUUGAUGACAAACAUCUUCUCAUGUCAUUAUAAAAGUGCCUGCUCAAACAGAAAACUGUAAGAACUGGUCUGGAGUCAGUUUGUUAUCCUACUGAGACUUUUGGAUAAUGUAAUCCAACUCAAUGAAAGUCAGCUCUAAGUUUUUAACCACAAAAUAAAGCCAUGAAACCAUGACCAAUAUUA